CUUCCGUCGGCCAUUUUAGGUGGUCCGCGGCGGCGCCAUUAAAGCAAGGAGGAGGCAAGAGCGGCCGCCGCUGCUGCUUAUUCUUUUUUAGUGUAGCUGGACAGAGCGGGAGUGUGUGCCGCGCGAGAGUGGGAGGCAAGGGGGGCAGGCCAAGGAGAGGCGCAGGAGCCUUUGCAGCCACGCGCGCGACUUCCCUGUCUUGUGUGUUUCGCGAGGUAGAGCGAGCGCGCGGCAGCGGCGGGGAUUACUUUGCUGCUAGUUUCGGUUCGCGGCAGCGGCGGGUGUAGUCUCGGCGGCGGCGGAGGUAGUAGCACUAUGUCGGAGGAGCAGUUCGGCGGGGACGGGGCGGCGGCGGCAGCAACGGCGGCGGUAGGCGGCUCGGCAGGCGAGCAGGAGGGAGCCAUGGUGGCAGCAGCGCAGGGGGCAGCAGCGGCGGCGGGAAGCGGGACCGGGGGCGGAACCGCAGCCGGAGGCACCGAAGGGGGCAGCGCGGAGUCAGAGGGGGCGAAGAUCGACGCCAGUAAGAAUGAGGAGGAUGAAGGGAAAAUGUUUAUAGGAGGCCUUAGCUGGGACACUACAAAGAAAGAUCUGAAGGACUACUUCUCCAAAUUUGGUGAAGUUGUAGACUGCACUCUGAAGUUAGAUCCUAUCACAGGGCGAUCAAGGGGUUUUGGCUUUGUGCUAUUUAAAGAGUCGGAGAGUGUAGAUAAGGUCAUGGAUCAGAAAGAACAUAAAUUGAAUGGGAAAGUGAUUGACCCUAAAAGGGCCAAAGCCAUGAAAACAAAAGAGCCUGUUAAAAAAAUUUUUGUUGGUGGCCUUUCUCCAGAUACACCUGAAGAGAAAAUAAGGGAGUACUUUGGUGGUUUUGGUGAGGUGGAAUCCAUAGAGCUCCCCAUGGACAACAAGACCAAUAAGAGGCGUGGAUUCUGUUUUAUUACCUUUAAGGAAGAGGAACCAGUGAAGAAAAUAAUGGAAAAGAAAUAUCACAAUGUUGGUCUUAGUAAAUGUGAAAUAAAAGUAGCCAUGUCGAAGGAACAGUAUCAGCAACAGCAACAGUGGGGAUCUAGAGGAGGAUUUGCAGGAAGAGCUCGUGGAAGAGGUGGUGGCCCCAGUCAAAACUGGAACCAGGGAUAUAGUAACUAUUGGAAUCAAGGCUAUGGCAACUAUGGAUAUAACAGCCAAGGUUACGGUGGUUAUGGAGGAUAUGACUACACUGGUUACAACAACUACUAUGGAUAUGGUGAUUAUAGCAACCAGCAGAGUGGUUAUGGCAAAGUAUCCAGGCGAGGUGGUCAUCAAAAUAGCUACAAACCGUACUAAAUUAUUCCAUUUGCAACUUAUCCCCAACAGGUGGUGAAGCAGUAUUUUCCAAUUUGAAGAUUCAUUUGAGGGUGGCUCCAGCCACCUGCUAAUAGCAGUUCAAAUUAAAUUUUUUGUAUCAAGUCCCCGAAUGGAAGUAUGACGUUGGGUCCCUCUGAAGUUUAAUUCUGAGUUCUCAUUAAAAGAAAUUUGCUUUCAUUGUUUUAUUUCUUAAUUGCUAUGCUUCAGAAUCAAUUUGUGUUUUAUGCCCCCUCCCCCAGUAUUGUAGAGCAAGUCUUGUGUUAAAAGCCCAGUGUGACAGUGUCAUGAUGUAGUAGUGUCUUACUGGUUUUUUAAUAAAUCCUUUUGUAUAAAAAUGUAUUGGCUCUUUUAUCAUCAGAAUAGGAAAAAUUGAAUAUUAAAAAAGUUUUUCAUGGAUUCAAGUUAGACGCGUAAGUUUGGAAAAUGAUAACGCUUGUCAAAAUUGAGCACACGGUUGAACUUAAAGUGAAAUUUUAAAUAUUCUUUGCAAGAUUGAAUUUUUGCCACAUGUGACCUCCCAGUCCACAUUUGAAAUGACUUAAUAUAGUCAGUUUGUCAGAUGUUCUAAUAACACUUCCCCUUUAUGUAGCCAUUAAGUUUAUAUGAAUACUUUUCCUAAUUCCUAAUUUUCAUUUAAUAUGUAUUGUGCUUUUAGAAGAAAUCUGGAUAAAACCCCUUUGUACAGAUAAUUAAUUUUU